GUUCACGUUGUUCAUUCGACAUCUGUGCGAAGCCCACGAAUGCAACUUGGUGAUUGCCUGCUGCUCGUGCCACCUUGCCGAUAUGAUGGCAAUACUUAAGGCCGACUCAUCAUGUUCGACUUUAGCCCCGAUGAUAAGAAAAAGUUCUACGAGGACCUAGAAAACUUGGAUAAGACCGACAGUGAGCGCGAAGACGAAGGCCAUUUAGAAUCGAUACGACUCUUGAGGGGUAGUCCAACGCAUUUGUCAACUUCUCGUGGAUCUUUUACUGGCCGUCGAGUCGCUAGAACGUUGACGGCGUUCGAUCAGAAUGCUCACAGAGCAAUUUCGCGUGAAAGCAGUUCUAGACAUUUCCCACUCUCCCUUAUUCGAUCACAGUCGGAACCUCAGCCUAUGCAACCUCAGAUAUCGCUGAGUCAUCCUCGAGAGAAGUCUGUCUCCUUCCGGCAUCUUGGUUUGAAGAAGAGUGCCUCAAGCUCUUCGUUGUCUUCGAGAGAAAUGGCGCCUGCAUCCAAGUCAAUUCAUGAAAAAGGCAAAGGGAAGAAGCGUUCGAGGCCGACGCAGGAAAUCCAGCUAGCACAAAUAUUUCAGGGCCUCGUUUUCUUUUUUGUACCAAACAACACUCACAAUAAUGCGCGUAGAAUGAGAAUUGAACUGGCACAGAAGAGAGGCGCAAUCUGGGCAAAAGAAUGGUCCACGGCUCAGAUCACCCAUGUUAUCGCUGAUAAAGACGUCAAAUAUGCUUGGCUUCUAAGCCACCUUAAUUUGACUGAGAUUCCAUCCAAUAUAUCCGUUGUUUCGGAGCACUUCAUACCCGAUUCCAUCGCUGCAGGGCUGCAGGAUCCUGCGAGACCUCGGUACAGAAUCGAAGGUCAAGUUGUCCAACCACCGAAUCGUACUGCAGUAGAACUGCCUGCGGAAUCAGACAGAUCACUGCAAGUCAAGCCUGCAAAGAAGGAUGUCUCACUCACUGGUCCAGACACCCAAUCUACAGUCGUGGCCAGCAGCAUCGGUACUGCAGUUCUACAUGACGCCUUAAAUGAUUCAACUCGAGCAAGCAAAAGUAACAGGAAUCAGGCGCAGUACAACGAUGAAUUAGCUCAGGUGAUCAAGGAAACUAAACCCUUUGCCCAUCUUCCGCUUUCUGACGAGUCCGAUGACGCGGGGGCUGACCAGCCUGACGAUUUAGACCACGAAGAAGGCCCACCUAGGAAAGCACCCAGACUCGAUAUUGCAAGUGAGGCCUCGGUCGACAAGUGGCAAAAGUCAUUUCAGUGCAUGCACAAGAAUGAGGGUAACCUGGAGAGACAAAAUCCUAAUGCAUAUACUAUAGGCAUUCUGUCAGAAAUGGCUCAGUAUUAUGACAAUGGUCAUGACGACUUCAGACUCAUGUCAUAUCGGCGAGCUGUUGCGUCUCUGCAGAAGUGUGAUACGCUGAUUACAACCAAGGAUCAGGCUCUUAAACUUGGCCGAGUUGGCCCAAGUAUUGCAGAGAAAAUUGAAGAGAUUGUGACAACUAAGGGACUUCGCAAACUCGAAAAUGCAAAAUCUGAUCCUCGCGAGGUCGCAAUCCAACUGUUUCUAAGGGUCUACGGAUGUGGCAAGGCUUUGGCUGAGGAAUGGUAUGCAAAGGGAUAUCGAACUUUAGAAGACCUCGAAAAAGAGAAGCUUACGAGCAAUCAACGCAUCGGGGUCGAUCAUUACGAAGACUUCAACACCCGCAUACCACGUGCGGAAGUAGAAGCUCAUGGAAAAGUUGUAAUGGAUGCUUUGGAAGUAGUCGCUCCUGGGUACAAAGCAACGAUCAUGGGUUCCUAUAGACGUGGCACAAAAGACUGUGGAGACAUUGACAUGCUCAUCACGAAAGAGAACACCGCCGUCGAAACCGUCGCAACAGUCGUAUUUGAGCAGCUUGUUCCGUACCUCACAGAAACCGGGUUUCUUGUCGCAAGUCUCGCAACGCCACACGCCAAUGGAGGCACUAAAUGGCAUGGGGCAUCGUUGCUACCGGCAUCAUCCCUUCCGUCUGGCUCAAAACCCCUAUGGCGCCGUAUAGACUUCCUCGUUGUGCCAGAGUCGGAGAUGGGUGCCGCACUCCUGUACUUCACCGGAGAUGAUAUAUUCAACCGUAGUAUGAGGUUACUUGCCAGCAAGAAAAAGAUGCGCUUGAACCAGCGUGGGCUAUACAAAGAUGUCAUCCGAGGACCAAACCGGGAGAGACUUACAGAAGGCACGCUUGUUGAAGGAAAAAGCGAGCAGGGUAUCUUCGAGGCCUUAGGCGUACCCUAUAGGCCUCCCCAUCAUCGCAUCUGCGGAUAGGGUAAUUUUCAGAAUCUGUAUUCGUUUGGAAGUAUUAUCACCACAACUGUAUACUUAUCUCUUGAGGCAUGAGGAAUCUCUUGAGGCAUGAGGACUUAGCGGAUUGAUACCAAAUUAUACAGUCUCAUCAUGUCAAAGACAUGGACGUGCUAUACUUACUAUUGGUUCCAUGUCGCCCAAAUGGAACAACCUCACCGUACAAUUCAAUCUACGCGGC